CGGGCGCAGGGGGGAUCCGGCCGAGCCGAGCCGAGCCGAGCCGAGCCUGGCGGCUCCGCCACGGCCCGUCCUCCGGCCCCGCUCCCGAAAUGCCAUUCUCCUGAGUGUGUAAGGAACCUACAGAACUGUAAUGUCUAACCCUACAUGGAAUAACAACUCUUGGAAGUUUUUUGGGCUGUACCUGACUCUGUGCAAAACUUAAAUCGGCUGCAGCUCCUUCUGCUAAGGAUCAGCCUUGGUACAGAAACAGUGGUAGUUAAAAGGCACAUGAGAACAUCAGAAACACCUGGUUUUGUGCCUAGGUUUCACUCAUAGAGAGCGCUAACGUAACUCCUGGCAGCCUCAAAUCUCACUGCUAGCAGCUACUUCCCUCCAAAGCCUGAUGUGGUGCUAACAAGCAGAGAGAUCUUGUGCGUCCUGUUUACAUGGAGCUGGGAAGACAGCGUGUUCCGUGGGAGGUGCCAAGGUAGAGCUGCAGUUGGAUAAAAGAUUUUAGGUGGCAGAGACACGGUGAAGCUGAGUGUGGGGCAGGCAGAGCUGAUGGGGGAGCCUGGGGUGUAGCCCAGGAUGGACUGGCUGUGACGAGGACGUGCCUUAGCCGCAGAGGUCGUUACCAUGAAGAGUUCCUGCAGAGCUGGCCUCCACAGGGAACCGCUGACUUCCACAUCCUCCACCUUCCAUCAGGGCAAACGGGUUUCUGGUAUGCACUUAAAGCCAUAUCUCAAGUUACAGAAGAAAGAGCGAUCCCCAGAAAUAAGCCAGGAUUCCCUCCGAGGCCACCAGGAACCAGCACAAGGAGAAAAAUUCACCAACUGCACCAAACUGAGCGUUUUCCCAAAACCCUCCCUGGUGGCUCCAUCUCAAAAGCUUCUGGGGUUUAUUUAUCCAAAUACUAUGUGCAAUAUGAACGGGAAAGGCCCGGCGGACGCUCCGAGUGCAAGGGACAAGAAGAACGCCCUGUCUGCCACCAUCCACCAGGGAGAAGAAGGGGAAGGACCUCUGGAUGUGUGGGCUGUGGUGAAACCUGGCAACACCAAGGAGAAAAUCGCCUUCUUCGCAGCCCAGCAGUGCGGCAGCGGCACCCGCACGGGCUCCAUGAAAAUCAAGAGCACGUGGGACAUCGAUGGGAGAACGGCCAAACGCAGGAAAAAAUCGGUGGAUCUUAAAAAAGCCAAAAUCCAACUGGAAAGAAUGAGGGAGGCCAACUCCAGGUGCUCCCAGCCGGAGCCGUUCGCCUGCGGCAUCGAGCACUGCUCGGUGCACUCGGGCGGCGACGGCACCGAGGGCGCCUUCCCGGGCCGCUCGCUGUCUGUCAUAGAGAUGGUGGCUUUCCUGGAGCAGCGGGCCAGCGCCCUGCUGGUGGACUGUGCCAAGACCUGCACGGCCACCAGGCUGAGCUCCCAGCCCAGGGCCACCCUGCCCAGCCCCGAGCCCUUGUCCCCGGGCGGGGCGGGCGAGGCGGAGCCGCAGGGCGAGCCCGUGCGCGUGCUGGACAUGGUGGCCAGGCUGGAGUCCGAGUGCCUGAGGCGGCAGAGCGAGGCCGGGAGCCUCUCCCGCAACAACAGCUUCCGCAGGAACGUGGGCAGGGUGCUCCUGGCCAGCGGCACCCAGGCCGAGGGGGACGUGGGGAAGGGGGUCCCGCCCCGGGGGGACGGCACGGGGGAGGCAGGGGUGGCAGAGGCCGGGUACGGAGGUCGCUGCGGCCCCCUGGGUGACACCGAGCUGUGGGAUGGCGCUGCCUCUGCCCAGCAGCCGUUUCCUUCGGGGCUGGAUACCCGCGUGGGGAAUGUGAAUUCGGGACUUGCCCGGGCGGUGUUGGCCAUGACAGCUGGCAGGAGUGACGCUGAAACGCGGAUGGAGCCCCCCGGGGCUCUGCUGGCCCCGUGUCCCGCUGCUGCUGCCAGGCUGCCGCCGGAUCCCCUGCAGAGCAAGAACGCGACUGUUGAUUGUACGGCGAAAGAGCCUGUAAUUUUCCCAAAGCAUCCUGCUAGGAAGGAGCCCUUGUGCAUCAGUAUAUCGGUCACCAAGACAGAGGAAGGGUGCAGGAAGGAGAAGCUCUCCGGUUCUGGUGAGGAGUCACUGCCAGGGAGGCUGUUUUUCCUCCAGGGUGAGCAGCCUGCUGCUCACGAGCAACAGCCACGGCGGGAGAGUCCCCAGGAGAAGCCAGGGGAAGUAGCCCAAAAUGAGGAUGAGGAUGCUCUGGCAUCUGGUAGGUCGUGUGUCAGAAGCAGUGUCCCUACAGAGCCAUCGGCCCCUUCUGUCCCUGCCACAGAAGGGGCUUUGCAAGUACUUGAUGCCUCCUGCCUAAAGCGGCAGGUUUCACAUGACUUUCUGGAGACCAGGUUUAAAAUCCAGCAGCUCUUGGAGCCUCAGCAGUACAUGGCCUUCUUGCCUCACCACAUCAUCGUGAAGAUCUUUGGGUUGCUUCCCACCAGGAGCCUGGUUGCCCUAAAAUGCACUUGCUACUACUUCAAGUUCAUCAUUGAGUACUACAACAUCAGGCCGGCCGACUCGCGCUGGGUGCGCGACCCUCGCUACCGGGAGGACCCCUGCAAGCAGUGCAAGAAGAAAUACGUCAAGGGGGACGUGUCCCUGUGCAGGUGGCACCCCAAGCCCUACUGCCAGGCCCUGCCCUACGGGCCUGGCUACUGGAUGUGCUGUCACCGCUCCCAGAAGGGCAUCCCUGGCUGUAAGCUGGGUCUCCAUGACAAUCACUGGGUCCCUGCCUGCCACAGCUUUAACCGCGCCAUCCACAAGAAAACCCGAGGGGCUGGAGCAGAGGUGGAAGAGGAAUAUUAGUGCACAAACACUUUCCUGCAAGAUUGAGAUUGUUUGGGAGAGGAGGAGGAGGAGAUUCUCAUGCCUUGUGCUGUUUACAGUGUAUAUAAUUGUCGUGAUUUUUUUUUUUUUUUCUCCACAGGGCUAUGAAACUGCACAUACUCAAACACAAGAGCCUUUACCUUUUAGAUUAAAAGAGAGCUUUUAGUCCAUCUCUGUAAAUAACACUAUAAAAACUAAUUGUACAUACAGAGUCUACAGCUGGCUGAACAAGGUAACCCCUACAAUGCAGCUAUCCCAGUGUUGCGGCUAUAGGUGUGUGUGUUUUUAAGUGUCUUGUUUCAAAAUCUGUAUAUCCUGUAUAAUAUAUGAAUGUUUCUGAGAAGAAACUCUAAAUAGGUAAAGGUCAACUUGUUUAAAGAAGCUGCAGACAACUUAACUGGACAACCUGAAACUUAGACUAUAGAACAGAUCCAUUAUAGUAGCGUGGCAGUGGAUUAAAAAAAGAAAAAAAAGAAAAGAGAGGAAUAUUAUUGUAUAGUCAGAAUAUAAAAAAAGUUCUUGUCUACCUUACCCAUGUUGUCUGGUUGGGUUUUUUUUUUUUACAUGAAUAAAAUGUGCAUUCUAGAUCUGCCUUACCAGACUUUCUCUUGUAAGACUUUUGCCCCAAAAUAAAAAAUGCUGUAAAACACGUGGCAGAAACUUGGUGCUGUGCUGUAGUUCAGACGUGCAAUGUGCUUUCUCUAGGAAACCUCUCCUCCUACUAACAAAGGAACAAACCCCCCCCAAUCUCUAGUACUUGGAGAACUCCCUGCUGUAACAAUCAGAGAUUCCAGCUUUUCCUUCUGCCUGCAGCAGAGGCUUCUUUCCUUGGGAAUUCUGGUGCUAGGUGCACUUUCUGGUCCUCUUGCUCCUUGGCUCUUGCCUGGGCACCUGUGCUGUUCCCUGGAUGCUCGAGGAUGGAGUGUGGGUCCAGCAGGAUGAGUGUGGAGUUGCCUUGGCUCUGUGAUGUGCUGCAAGCUUUCCUAUCAGCUCUGGAUGGAAUUUUUUCCUUGCAAGAAGACUCCUUGCAGUGCUUUGCCUGCCCUGCUGCAGCCCUGGCCUCUCCCUCUGCCGUGGGUUGGUGCUUUCCAGGGCAGCUGCAGAGCUUUGUGUCGGAUGAGCGGCGCUUCCUCGCACUGAGAAUGGGAGCACAGAGUGUGGCAUCCAUGGCAGAGUUUCCCUGGAUCCUUUCCUGUCCUGCAGUGCUGUGAGCCAGACCUCAGCCUCCUGCUGCAGCCCUCGCAGGGUGGAUGGUUUGGAAGCCUGGGAAUGGACCCUGGCCAGGGGAGCAGCUCAGCCAGGGGAGCAGCAGCCGCGUUCCCGGAGCCCAGCAGAGCGUGGCAGCCCCGCCUUUGCCCUGGCCCCAUCCCUCCCGUGCCCCUCUUGGUGCUGUUGCUGUUCCUCUGCCCCUUCUCAGGGCACAGAUGGACUCCUGGCUCUCACCAUUCCAAAUCUCUGACCUGGUGCAAGAAGAGCCGGUGCCACCUUCCCAUGGGGUCACCUCUGCUCUGCAACCCCCAAGGAGCUGCUGGAAAGGGCAGGGAAGGGGUGGCCCUGCCCCUGGCUCAUCCUGUUCUCUGUCCUUUGCUGUGGAAAGCUGCUGGCUGUGGGGCCAGGCUGAGCCAGCCACCUCCACCUGCCCUGGGCUCACAGGGAGUGACUCACCUGGUUUGGAGCAUGAGGAGGACAAAAGGCUUUGAAGGCUUUUGUUCUUUCCUUUAACAGUGGGAGAAGGAAAAUCAAGCCCUGACAGCCUGAAAUGUGGGUUUGGUGAGCUGAGGCUUUUCAGGGAAGUUUAAAGGAUGUGCUGGGUUUAUAUUUUGCCUUCACCUGCUCCUGCCACCCACCGGGUGUCAUCCACCCCUCCCCGAGCUGCUCAGCCUCCCUGCACUGCAGACAUGAUGACAACCAGGAGGAAUGAAAUUAGGAAUCUAAAAGAAGGGUGUGGCCACCUUGUAAUCGGCUGGGAAGAGGGAGAGGAAGAGUAGGAUCCCUCCUUAACCCCUGACUUCAUCCCCUAACGGGGCUCAGGCUUCACCCAAAGUCCCCUCUGCUCCCUCAGCUGCACCUGGACCAGCAGCACAAACAAGCCCCAGGCUGUUGUUUUGCCAAAGCCAUCGGCAUCAAAAGCCUUCAGCUUAAUUCUGAUGAGGGGAAAAGGGAAAGAAGCUGCUUUCCUGCUCCCCCACCCAAGACUCUGGAAAACUUGAGGCUGACAGCAACAAGGAAAGUCCCUGCAAGGCUGGAAUGGAGUGGCAGAGGAAAAUAUUUUGUAAUUAGAUAAGGGGCCAGUGAGGUCAUUUUAUUUGGAACAGGGUGUGAGAUUUUGGUCACCUUUGUUGAACAAGGGGAAAAAUGAGGAUAAAAUAAUAUCAUGAGGCUGUUUUGUUCUUGGAGCAGGUAAAGCCAGAGGACAACUUGCUGCCUCCCCUACCCCAUCCCUGCCCCCAGGCUGGCUGGGGACAUGGGCUGGUUUAUACAUCAUUUAUUACAUUGUCUGCUGGAACUGUCCCUCCUGCACAGCAUUGCUGUUAAAAAUUGUUUCACAGAGCAAGCUUUUACAUCCAGAAAUGAGUUGGUUCUGAGUGUUGCCAUGCUGAGCUGCCUGCAGGCAUUUUUUUUUCUCCUGUAACAUUGUAAAAUGCAGAUUUCUGUUUCCUUAAGGGAUGGUUCAGGGAAAAGCCAAGGUCUGAUGAAUGUUAGGGUUUUGGGUUAAUUGGAAGCAAUUAAAAAAAAAUAAAAUCCAGUGUUGGAUUUACAAA